CGCCACUUGUGGUCGUGCAGUUCGUGCAGCCAUCGCUGGGCCUACCGCCAUCACGCCAUGGCUGAUCAGCUGACUGAAGAACAGAUUGCUGAAUUCAAGGAAGCCUUUUCCCUAUUUGACAAAGAUGGUGACGGUACUAUCACAACAAAAGAACUGGGAACUGUCAUGAGGUCAUUGGGUCAAAAUCCAACGGAAGCAGAGUUGCAGGAUAUGAUCAACGAGGUAGAUGCUGAUGGCAAUGGCACUAUCGACUUCCCUGAAUUUUUAACCAUGAUGGCCAGAAAAUUGAAGGACACAGAUAGCGAGGAAGAAAUCCGUGAGGCAUUCCAAGUCUUUGACAAGGAUGGCAACGGCUAUAUCAGUGCAGCAGAACUACCUCAUGUUAUGACAAACUUAGGAGAAAAGCUAACAGAUGAAGAAGUAGAUGAAAUGAUCAGAGAAGCAGACAUUGAUGGGGAUGGGCAAGUCAGCUAUGAAGAAUUCGUACAGAUGAUGACUGCAAAGUGAAGAGAUCUCCUUUACACCUUUUUUCCUCUAGAAGAAUCAAAUUGAAUCUUUUAC